CAAUCGGAAAUUUUCUGUGAUCAUUGUUCAAUCUUCUAUGUAACAACAAAUCUUCGACUUUGUAGAAUGAAGAACUUUCUUUCAUGGCUUCAGAAAGUGGUCAUGAGACAUUUGGCCACACAGCAAGGAUAUUGACUUCAGAAGAGAUAGAAAAGUUACAGAAUGAUACCCAACUAGUUACAGAUUUCAAACAAAACAAGUUCGAAAAAGAAGCACAGAAAAAUUGGGACUUAUUUUAUAAAAGAAAUACAACAAAGUUUUUUAAAGAUAGACAUUGGACAACUAGAGAAUUUAAAGAACUUUUGAAUGAUAGUACAAAGAAUGAUCAGCUGGUGAUAUUUGAAGUAGGGUGUGGUGUGGGUAAUUUUAUGUUUCCUCUAUUACAAGAAGAUCCCAGUUUAUAUUUUUACUCCUGUGAUUUCUCUCAAAGAGCUGUUGAUUUUGUAAAGGAGAAUGAAUUGUAUAAUAAAGAUAGAAGUACAGUGUUUCAGUGUGAUAUAACACAAGAUAACAUAAACGGUACUGUUAAUUAUAACUCAAUAGAUGUAGCUACCUUGAUAUUUGUAUUAUCAGCUAUACACCCUGAUAAAAUGGUUCAAGCCCUACAUAAGAUAUAUCAGGUUAUAAAGCCAGGUGGUUGUCUAUUAAUAAGAGAUUAUGGUCUGUAUGACUUUGCUAUGUUGAGGUUUUCUAAAGGUCAUAAAUUAGCUGAGAAUUUUUAUGUCCGACAAGAUGGAACCAGGGCAUUCUAUUUCUCAACAGAAUAUUUAGAAGAGAAAAUGACAUCAGCAGGAUUUAUAAGAGAAAGAAAUGACUAUGUAGAAAGAAAUACAGUCAAUAAGAAAGAAGGAAUUAAUGUACCCAGAAUAUUUGUUCAAGGAAAAUUUGUCAAACCCCAUGAAAAAUCCUGAUUUACUAUACUUUGAACCCAGUCAAGGUGUAAAUCAUAGUUAGGAGUGUACUGGUUUGUUGAUAAGUAAAGAAUGAUUGCAUAGGACCAAUUCAUUUUGCAUGUAGAGAACAUACUAUAUUGAAACAUUUCAAAUUUUAUUUAUCAAUGUAAAAUCAUUUAUUCUCAUACUAAAAUCAUACAAUAAUAAAAAUAUCAAUACAUUUACAUGAUUUGUUCUCUUUAAAAUAUUACCAGUUAACAUAUAAAACAAGUACUAUUCUUGAUCUUUCAAAACUAUAUAUGAAUGGUCACAAAUAAUCAAAUAUAUAACAAACACCAUAACCAUCUAAAAACAUAAUAUUUUCAGUCAAAAUGUUAAGUAAUGUAGUAAGUACUUAAUAACAAAAUAAAAGAUUUUGAUUUUCUAUGAAAUUCGCUGAAGUCCACUAAGACUAAACAAGUCAUUUUGAUGUUAAGAAUAUACAGUCAAGUAACCAAAUUUCGUGGAAACCUAUUAUUCGUGGAUUUCCGGAAAGGAUUAAUAAUUUACAUGAGCGACCUUGCGCGACCUCCACAUUAGUUUGUUUUGAUAAACAUGGGUUUUCUCUACAAUAUCAGUUAGUAGAACGAAUCCAGUAGUUUCAAGAAAGGUAAAAUGUAUUAAUGUAUACUUUGACAAAUACAAAAUGGCGGAUUUCAGUUAUUACCAAACGUCACAAUUUUUUAUCGGUCGAAUUUCCUUAUAAUCCCGGAAUUCCAAGUGUCGUCUGCUAGAAUGUAGUCCAACGAAUGAAGUCACGUGAUCAACUAGCAGAUUCCGUGUCAGCAGAAAAUUUCUACGGAACACAAAGUGGACCGUAUUCUUAUGUUAUUUCACUGACUUUUAGCAAUAAAUUACGCUACGUAUCAUAUUUUGUCAGUCACUAUUUUUUUUUAAAAUUGGGUUCUUUGAAGGAAUUGUCACUAGUUAUAAUGAAUUGAUAUUAAAGAUAAAUACUAAGAGAAGUUAAUUAUACCACCUGGUAUCCAUACACCGUG